UCAAACGGAAAGAGGGACGGAGACGCGCACUGUGUAGCAUCAUGGCUGCUUCCACUCGGUCUCAGGUGAUUUCUCUCUACAAGAUGAUGCUGAAGGAGAGCAGCAGGUUCCCCUCCUACAACUACAGGACGUAUGCACUGCGGCGUGUUCGUGAUGCCUUCAGGGCCAACAGGGAAGUGGAAGAUCCAAAAACGGUGGAGCGGCUGAUGGAGGAGGGAGAGCAGAUGCUGGCGCUGAUUCAGAGACAGGUGUCCAUCGGGAAAAUGUACGAGGCUCAGCGGACGGUGGUGGACGCGCCGUGACGCUUCGACCCGGCCUGUGAAAUGCAUUGUGGGAGAUGUAGGCCGGAGUGAAGCUGGACGUUUUUCUGCCUGAUGUUUCUCAUGUUUCCUCUGCAGGAAAAACUCAAACUUUAGUUUGUUUUUCCUGAAACAUGAAACGUCAGAGCUGCUGGAUGGGAACAUGUGAAACCGUCCUGCAGGAGACGAGGAAGACGGACGGCGGUCAACUGUCAGCCGUUCUCCUCUGUGACGACAAGCUGUUUGUUUUACAGUGAGGACUUCAAGUUUCAUCUCUAAGUUCAAUUAAAAUGCUUAAUUUUUAGUGUAAAUGAAUCAGAUCUGCAGGCUCCUCCCCCUCUGUCCUAAGCCCCGCCCCCAGAGGAGUCGCCAUGGCAACGGUUCAUGCAGAUCGAUAUGUCCAUUUCUGAUCGAUGAUCAGAUGAUCUCAGCUUCUUCCUGCUUCAGACGUCAAAUUAAAAGUUUCUCCAAUAACA